UGUUGGACACCAGCACGACAUUUUAUCAUACACUCAUUUUUUACAUCAAACCCCCAUUCAGUUCCCACUUGAUUCCGAUCUUUUUUUCAAUUGACAGAACUUUCUUCAAUCAGCCACUUAUCAAACCAAUUUGAUCACUAUGGCAGGCGUCGCCCCUGGUCCAACACUCACCCCAGGGUUAGAUUUCAGCGGUCAAUCCUACAGAGAUCUCGCAAAGAAUGCAGAUGCCACCAUCACUCGGGCUCAUGAAAUCAUCAAAGAGAAACUACCUGUCCUAGGCCAACUCAAGGCGCUCCUCUCGCUGACCUUUGGCGACCGCACCCCAGUCUUCGUUGACGCCCGCUCAGGAGAAGCCAAGUUCCUCGAGGACUGCUCCGACGAGCCCGACACGAAGGUGACCAUCAAGCCCGAGUACAUCGUGCAAUUUUACGAGGGCAAGCUUGAGCCCCGUUACGGCAUCUUCAAGGAUGCCUUCUUUCACGUAGCCUCGAUGCCCCAGGGCAACAUCCCCGUAGCCAUCAAGUUCGGCGACCUACUGACCCCCUUCCCCCCCUGCCCCCCCAAGAAAGUCACACCCGUGGCCUUCCCCCGUCUCCCCCAGCCAACAGAAGACAUCGAACAAGUCAAACGCGACAUCCAAGAAUUCGGCUACGGCCUCGUCAAGAACGCCCUCACCCCCUCCCAAGUCUCCAUCUUGAAAACCGCCGUGCAAGAGCAAGCCGCCGGCGAGCGCGCCGCCGGCGUAGCCCGAGCGGACGGCGGUCCGAACGGCCCCAACCAGCGCAUCUGGACUCUAAUCAACAAAGGCGACGAGUUCCUCGACCUGCUCAACCACCCGCUCAUCGACGAUAUCGUGCCGUGGUUCCUAGGCGAUCACGCGCUGAUCCACAGCUACAGCGCCAAUAUCGCCCGGCCGGGAAACGAGCCCAUGCAAUUGCACACGGAUCAAAUUGCUAUCCAGCCGCCUAUUCGGGACAUGGCGUUCGGACUGAACAUCAUGUGGUACCUCGAGGACGUGACCAACCGCAACGGUGGGACGCGUGUCUUCCCCUCUUCGCACCUGGGGCAGGUCGCUCCCGAUGACUUGUUCACCGUCGAUGGCACGGUGGCGGCAGAGGGCCCCUCAGGGACGGCGCUCGUGUUCGAGAGUCGGCUUUGGCAUGCUACGGGACCGAAUCGGGAGGAGAAGGGAGAGAGGCCCGUGAUUUUGAUAUUUUUUAUGAGGUCGUUUAUCAGACAGCAGGAGAACAAUUUCUUGUCGCUGCGCAAGGACGUAGAGGCUAGGUUGUCCGAUCGGCAUAAGCGACUUUUGGGGUUUUGUACCACGGGGGCGUUGGGUGGGAUUGAGGGGGAGGUUAGGGAGGGGAUUUAUGUUUCGAGGAAGGAUGACUGUGUGGGGAGGAUACGGGCGCCGCAUGAGGGAUAGGGGGGAGGCUAUAGGCAAGCUCGUGAGAGAAGAUAUAUGAGAUAGAGAUAGACCAUUCUGGUUCUAUUCAAAUGAAACUUAUCUGUAGUGCAGCGAGGGAUUCUUCGGGAAGCUGGUUUGAGUCCUGGAGCCGGUUCCGUUGACUUGUGUGAUUUCAGGGGUGUGUUCCAGGGUGGGUUUGCUGCGCUGGGGUUCCGCUCCAUCGGGACAACCCGAGUCGAUAAAUCGGAAAUGGAGGAUACCACGCUUGAGUUAGCACUUGGAGUGUAUGACGACGCUUACUUUGGUCGACAGCAAGCUACUUGUUGCAUUGCGUAAAGCUGCCCUCACCGUGCUGCGGCUCAUAAACCUGUUGAU